AUGGCGAAGAAGCUCGCCGGGCUAGGCGUGGCGCUGGUGCUGCUGGCGCAGCUGGAGCCAGCGGCCGGCGGCGUCAAGUUCGGCGAGGAAGACCUGAAGUCCGACGAGUCGCUCUGGAACCUGUACGAGCGGUGGGGCGUGCGCUACAACGUGGCACGCGACCCCGCCGAGAAGCUGCGCAGGUUCGCUGUGUUCAAGGACACGGUGCGCCGCGUGCACCUCCGUGCUGCGGCAGGCGUGUCGCCGGGUCUCAACGGGUUUGCGGACAUCACCGCCAACGAGUUCACCAGAGACUUCAGCUGCCGUAUGACCCGGCGCAAUCUGACUGCUCCGCCGCCGGUGAAAAGGCGCGCCGACCGGACCCUCUCGCUCCCGCUUUCCGUGGACUGGCGCUCCAAGACCUGCAAAUCAGGGCAGCCGUGCCUAGGACCGGUCAGGUCGCAGGGCGCAACCUGCGGCUCCUGUUGGGCGUUUGCCGCGACGGGGGCGCUGGAGAUUCACCAGGCCAUCAAAGGAGAGAACAACCGGGAGCCGCUGCAGCUGUCAGUCCAAGAACUCAUCGACUGCGACCCCGACAGCAACGGCUGCGACGGUGGCUUCGCCGAGAGCGCCUUUGUCUACGUCAGCAGGAAGGGCAUUUCGUCGGCGGCCGCCUACCCAUACACGGCGGCGGCGGAUGGCAUAUGCCAGGCCAGCUCCACACCACGCGUGGACCUACUCAUGCGUGGCUACCAGACGGUGCCGCCAAACGACGAACUCCAACUGCUCCGGGCAGUUACCAACGGCCCGGUCGUUAUCUCCAUCGCCGUUGGAGACAAUAACAAGGAAUUCCAAGACUACCAGGGCGGUCUGUACCACGGGGAAGGGAAGGAGUGCGGAACGGACAACGACCAUGAGAUGCUGCUCGUGGGCUACGGGGUUGACUACUACAUUAUCAAGAACUCGUACGGAGAGCGCUGGGGAGACCACGGAUACAUGUUGCUGAAGCGCGAUUUCGGGAAAAGCCCUGAUGGCACGUGUGGCAUUCUCAAGGAGGGAGGGUAUUACCCGGAGAUUGGGCUCUGA